UUUUGUUGUAAUAGAAUUGUUGUGGAGCUUUUAAAAGCUUAACGCAAAAGCUCAACAUUUGACAUUUCAUUUAGCGAUUGCCAUUUGACGUUUCCCAUUGUCAACGAAAAAUAAAAAAGCUAAAAGCACGAAUUAUUCAGAGAAGUGAAAAAUCGCACAAGCAGAAAAAGCGAGUGGACCAGGAAGAAAACACUAAUUUUUAUAGUAAAUUUCUUUUCAACGUUUACAUUUAUAAAAAUCUGCAAACUAUUCGUAACUGCUGUGUCCUUUGUUGCAAAAGUGAUUUGGAAAUCUACAGUGCUUUAUUGAUUACUGCGAGUGCUGUCGAAAAACAAACACGGACGUGGUGGCAGCGGUUGCAGUGGCAGUGGUUGGCUGGCUGGCGCACAGCGAAAAGUGGACAAUACAAUACAGUGGCAAAGUCACGAGCAAUGUAAAAGGUGGCGAGAACAAAAACACGCAUUGAGCUACCUAGGGAACGGGUGCGCGACGGAAGAAGCGCAAUAUACACAUCACGUUACAUUGUUAGCAUAAGCAGCCAACAAAGGAAUUAGUUGGUUUUUUUUAUCGGCUACGCGAUCUUUUGCAGUAAUUUGGAGACACAUUUACGUUGACGUGUGCAAGUGCUCCGUAAGCAAAAGCAAUAUUGCUUGUAAGCAACAUAGAACUUGCUGCCGUGUAUUUGUUGUUAUUUUACACAUCAUUUAGCAGCUGUCAGCGUGCUAGAGUUGUGCGGUAAACAUUCCGUGAAUAAAUUUCUUGCUGCCGCACUUGCCAGAAACGCGCAAAGAUGUCAAACAUGUUUAGCAUAACUAAUAUUAAAAAUCGAUUUAUUUCGGUUAUCGCACCAGAUAUACCGCCGCUGCCAUCGUCACACAGCCAUCAGCUGCAUCGCGGUAACAUUAGCGGCGCUCCAUCAAAUUACCAGCUACGUAUGGCACAUCAACAGAAAAAACCAGACAAAUUCGCCUAUGCGCGGCCACCAUUUUUGCAACUCUUGACCAUCGACGAAUUGCGUGCCUCAGCUGAUCACAAUGUGCGCCCCAUAAUUGUACCCCGUGACAUCACUUUGCUGCCGUGGGGCACUGGAUAUGCCGAGUGCGUCAAUUCCGGAAAAUCAGAGUGGAACGAAGAUCAGGCAGCGUUCGCCAGGCAAGUGCUGUCGGAUCCCACACACUCUCACCCGGACUUACCAUAUACAUACUAUGGUAUUUUUGAUGGACAUGCAGGGUAUGGUGCCGCUUUGGCUGCCUCCCAUCAAUUCCAUCAUAUUUUACACGAGAAACUGGUGGAUUGCUUAGAAUUGCUGCUUCCUCGUGAUGAAGACGCCGCUAAUUCGAAACAAGAUAGUAGCUUUCCCCAUCCCAGUCAUUUCCAGCGACGCGUAUCAAAGGAUGAGCUCAUCAUCGGCGCACUGGAGAGCGCCUUCUUCAACAUGGACGCGCUCAUUGCACAGGAUCGCGAUCGAUAUCGUGAUGCGGGUGGUUGCACCGCUUGCGUUGCACUCUUCAUCAAUGGCAAAUUGUUUGUAGCAAAUGCAGGCGACAGUCGUGCCGUGCUGAGCCAACGCAAAAGUAAGUGCAUUGAAAAGAACAACGCAACAACUGGUGCAAUUACAAAUGCUGACAAUGGCACUGGCGCUCAAGAAGUAUUUGCGGUGCCAUUCUCAUUCGAUCACACCCCAGAGACAGAGCGCCUACGGUUGCUCACUGUAGCGCGCUUGAAGCCACAUCUAAUGGAAAAACAGUACGCUGCCAUGGAGUACGCCAAACGGCCACAUAUGAAGGAUUUGGGUCAGCGCAUACUCUGCCGUCAAGGUACCAUGAAAGGUUGGACCUACAAGACGUUGACGCGCGACGAUUUGCGCAUGCCUGUUGUGACAGGCGAAGGCAAGCGUAGCCGAUUGCUGGGCACACUGGGCGUAACGCGCGGAUUUGGCGACCACGAUCUCUUAGCCAUCAAUACAGGCACCCAAAUCAAACCAUUUCUCACACCCCAUCCGGAAGUGGUCAUACGCGACCUUUCCAAAAUUGUCAGCAUUCCAGAUGAAAAUAACGAGGAUGGCGACUACGGUAUACUAGUGAUGGCCACCGACGGCCUUUGGGAUGUGUCCGAGAACGACGCCGUCGCACGCACCGUUUUCCAAACACUCGACAAAUAUCCCACAGAGAAGCACCGCUACACAAUGGUGGCGCAGGAGCUGGUGGCGCGAGCGCGUGGCAAAAUUAACGACUCAGGACAUUGGCGCUUGGCCGACAGCAAAGCCGCCGCUACAGUCGAUGAUAUUUCAGUAAUUGUGAUUCCCGUCUAUCAGUAUUACAAAGAGCACGUCGAAUGGGAAAAGAGAUGCGCACAAGUGCUGCAGGAGCGACGGGCUAAGGUGACACAAAGUGCUACCGAAGCGUGCGAGGACGAGUCCCUGCUGGUGAAUGGCGUCACAAAGGCGCAGGUGGAGGUAGAGCAUGACGAUGCAGAGGAAGAGGAGGAGGUGGUCGUAGAAGUGAAUAGACAGCAAGCACAAGCCACCGUCGAGUUGGAGGAGGAUGCGUCGCAAAAAGCAGAGAGUAGCGGCCAGACAGAUCCGCUCAGUGCACACCAAUCGGCUGAGAAGGAUGUUAAGGAUUUAAUAGAGCAUGAAUUGAGCGCAGCCAUAUCAGCUCUAGACGCCACUGAAAGUUCAGAAGACGACAAAAAGGAGGCAAAAGGCGUUGUAUAAGAGCACGUGGCGCUUGCCGACGCGCUGAAGAGGCUCAAAUAUCCCAUUGCAAGUGGAGAUAAUUAGUUGACUAUCUAUCAAAAUUGAAGAACUGUUACACUCCCGUAUCUCUCUCUCUCUCUCUCUGCUAUUACAGAAUCGUCUGUUACCACGCCAGAGAAGACGUAUAAAGCACAGCAGCCGCAACAGCAACAACAACACCAACAUCAUCGCAAUCGUAAUCGCAAAGACAAACGUUGAGGGAAUGAAAAACGUACGCAAACAAAGCGUACACACAUAUUUUCUACUAAAUACAUAAUAAUAAGUACAUAGAGAACAAACUUAACUAGUUAAUGAAUAAACGCACUUAAUUUGAAAACCAAACAAUGAGUUAAACGGAAAACAUAUAAAUGUAGCGUAGAGAGGGUCGGCCGCGCUGUUCUGCGGACGUGAAUUUGCCAAGCGAAACUUACUCAAUCAUUACCAGAGAGCGAAACCAACAUUAGAUAUAUACAAACACUUAUUUAUUUUACUCCAAAUCCAAUCAUUUACGCAUGCACUCGCGCUCGACCGCAUCCUGUGAGUUGAUGAGGUAACAGUAAUUUAUCAAUCAGAUGUGAAACUUCAAAUUACAACAAAACUUUAAUACCGUUAAACAGAAAAUGUAAACAUGUAUUUUCGAAAAAAAAAAAUAAUAAAUCGAGAUGUUCGAAAAUCAAUUAAUCAAAAUUAAAAAUUGUAAUACUUCAAGAUUUGCGAAAAUAAAUUACUAGUUUUAUUAAAAAACGCUUUCAAA